AUGACGAAAAUAACAGAUGCAGCAACGAGACAGGCAGUUCAAAGUGCCUAUGACGCCGUUAGAGCAACUGUUGUGAAAAGUCAAGAAAAAGAGUUACAACAGACCAAAACAGACCUAGUAAAUGCUUUCUUAAGAACGAAAAGUCAGGUAGGACAUUACGCUGCAGAUGGAACAUAUGUGCCAGCUGGUGGAACUUAUAUACCACCAAACCCUCCAAGAGAAGCACCUGCACCAGGACUACCUAAAACAUUUACAUCGUCACAUGGACACAGACACAGGCAUGCACCAAAACCAACACAACAACCAGCACAACAACCAACAGUUCAAAACCCUGCACAACAACCACCUCCACAACCAGCACAACAACCAGCACAGCAACCAACAGUUCAAAACCCUGCACAACAACAACCACAAACAGAGCAAGGACAUAAAAGAAGUAGAGAACAAGGAAACCAAGAAUUCUUAAAAAUGCUUAAAGAAGAGUGUGGUUUCCCAGAUACUGUUGACUUUAGUGACAGAUAUAAAGAAGCUAUUGGAAAGUUCAAGGAUGGAAAUACUGACCCGAACCUAUUUAGCUUUAUGGCUCAACACCAAAACGGAUAUAAUCUCAAACCUGGAAAAUACAAGCUCGCUAAGGGAUAUGAUUUAAUAGCAUAUCAUCCAAAUGACAUGAACGAAUUUACUCCGAGAUAUUUGAUGUCAGAGCUAAAUGACAAUUCAACUUUCGUCAUGAAACGCGUAAAAAAUAGAGACGGAACGAAAGAACAAAAGCUUAUGAAUGCGGAUGACGUAGAUAGGGAAAUUGUUGAAAACGGUCUCGGAAUAUAUGAAAUGCCAGCAGAUGAGGUACAAGAAACU